GAAUUAACCUUAACAACAUAUGCAAAGUAGUAGGGAAGCAAGUUUAAAUUCCUAAUAAUUUUGAUGAAAACAAGAGUUCAAAAUGGUGGCAAUUCUCACAAAUAUAUGGAAAUUUUGUUAGAUGAUUCAUUUUUUCCCUUCUGGACAGCGUAGUAAUGAGUUUUGAUAAAUCAACACUUGCAAAAACCAAAGAUAGUGAAACCUUGUACAGGCGAUUUCUUCCACUAAUAGCCUCCGUCAAAGCCCUUCUUUGGAGAAGAGCUCUACGUGAUCUCUGUAUCCUACAUCAAUCCAGAGUCCAAACCACAGCACCCCACAAUGCAGCUGAAUGAAGAAACUUAGAAACAAACACCCUCCAGCAAAUUAUUGAACCCCUUGUCUGCAAUUCCACAAUCCAUAUCUAAUAUCAAGAAAUAAAUCAACCCAAUUCAUGAAAUUUAAAUUCCAUUUCCAAUAAAAUACCAAAAAAGCU